UCCAGUAAAUAUUACGUGUACUGUGUUGUCACUAAACCAAAAAUGUAUAAAGAUGGUGAGGAUGCUUACAAAGAGCUGAAAAGGCAGUUGUAAUGCAGAUAUAUGGGUUAUUCUUCAUUUUAAUGUUAAAAAAAAGAAACUGUAACUGCUUCAGAAAUUAUGCAAAACCAGUUCCUGUAUAAAAGGGAAACAGAGGGUCCCAUUUUGGAUUGUCCAAAAUGAACAAAAGAUCUAGUUCCUUUCUGGAUCUCAGGGACUUCAGCAGAGAGCACAUCAGAAUAAAAUAAAACAAGAUUUGAAAGGGAAGCAUUAUAGGAGACACAGGGAUUAUACCUACAUAGUUGAAGGAUGGGGACCUCUGGUAUGGAAUUGAAGAAGCUUGCCACGUUUAUCACAGGCCUUCUGGAAUGUAUGUGUUUUGCUGGUGUGGUGUUUGGUUGGGCGUCGCUUGUCUUUGUCUUGAAGACUGAUGGAUAUUUCUCCAAUCUCUGUUUCACACUGAAUGUCACUGAUUCCAGCAACUCAACUGGACAAGAAGACUGUGGUGACCAGGAUGAAGCCUUCUCCAUUGUCUUCACUAUUGCUGCUUUCAUGAACAAUUUCAUGACACUUCCCAAUGGCUACAUCUUUGAUCGCUUUGGAACCACUUACACCAGGCUAAUUGCCAUAUUUAUCUACACUGGUGGUACCCUGAUGAUAGCGUUUUCGUCACCUGAAUUUGCUGUCCUGCUGUACCCAGCUCUGUCCUUACUCUCGAUUGGUGGGAUCCUGUUUCUUAUUACUAAUAUCCAGAUAGGCAAUCUGUACGGAAGUCGACGUUCCACAGUUAUCACCCUCUAUAAUGGUGCCUUUGACUCUUCAUCUUCCAUCUUUCUUCUUGUGAAGAUUCUCCAUGAAUACGGGGUCACACUGAAGUCCAUGUUCCUUUUCUUCUCUGGUUGCAGCAUCCUACAUAUCCUUCGGACAUUCUUUCUUCUACCAAAAUCCCACAUUCCAUUUCCUGUGCCAAAAGACUACAGUUAUGGUGUAACUUGUGGUAAAUCCAGUUCCUUCACACUGAUAAAUCGGGAUGAAGGACAACAGCAGAAGCCUAACUCAAGCCCUGUAGGAGAGGAAGAGGAAGAAAAUACAGAGGAACAGAAUAGCAUGAGUAUUAAUCAGAAAGAUCCAGAAGAAAGUGGGAGGAGUCUUCUUAAUAAAGAGACGGACGUUUUGAAACUGCAGUCAAAAGCCAAGGAAGAGCCAGUUGAGUCUUUCAAAAGCUGCGUGUUCUCCUCCCUUUUCCUGUGGCAGAUAGCAUGGCUGUCUAUAAUGCAGCUGAGACACUACCUCUACAUUGGGACCCUCAACCCCUUUUUGAACCAUCUGGCACACAAUGAUUCCAAAAAAGUUAGCACCUUCACAAAUGCCUUUGCCUUCACCCAGCUGUGUGGUGUCCUAUGUGCUCCUUGGAAUGGUAUUAUCUUGGACAGACACAAGCACAAAAAGAAAAAAGACAAGGAAUCACAAGAAAAAGAUACCUUGGCAGAUGUGCAUGCUACUAUCCUGUCUUUGGCCAUCACAGUGACGCAAUGUGUGCUGUUUAGCCUGUGUGCUGCCAUUCCAGUUCUGGAAAUCCAGUAUGCAAGUUUUAUCUUGCAGGUGAUCAACCGCUCUUUCCUGUAUGGUGGAAAUGCAGCCUUCCUCUCCAUAGCUUUUCCAGCAUGUCUUUUUGGGAAAUUAUAUGGGGUGGUGAUGUCCUUCUCAGCUAUUGUCUCCCUUCUACAGUAUCCCUGCCUUUACCUUAUUAAAGGACCACUGAAGGAGGAUCCUUUGUAUGUUAACAUUGCACUAAUCAUUUUCAUGAUGCUUUCAUAUGGCCACCCUAUUAAUGUCUACCUUUACUGUCGCAAGCAGAGGAACAGUGGAAGGAAUGCAGGCAGAUCAUCACCACAUGCCAACAUGCUGCACAACCAAGAAAAGGGAUCUGAGGUUGGAGACUCCACCGUCUGAUGGCAGAGUUUGCACGUAACUAAGGGAGACCGAGAGCCAUCAGUGUAUAAUGUUCAUGCAACAACAAGGGAAAUGUUGGCGUUUGUCUACAGUGCACUAUUUAACACCAGUAUUUCACUGUGCUUGGCAUCAGCAGGACCUAAUUUUUCAUGUGGCAUGGAAUCCAUAGUUGUUUUUUUCCCGUUACAGAUUUUAGGUACUUAUUUUCAUGACGACUUACUAAAGAUGUCCUCAGAAGUCUUGCUCUGUAUUAACAUGAGAUGAUGUGGCGUUCUGCAUACUGUGUCAUUGGGCACUUAACUCUUGUGUAGGCAAUGUUACCAUUUAUCUGUAGUCUUGCAGGACAGUUGUUGUUUGGACAGGUGUGUUCUAUGAUUAGAAAAGAUGAGCUGUGGCAAAAAGCUGCAGCAUGCUGUGCGGUAUAAAAGGAUAAGCCCCGACUGCAAUUCAGAUGAACUGAGGUCAGUUAGUGAUCCAAGGAUUGAAAUUGCCAGGCAUGAAAAGUGGUAUUGAGGGGCUGCUGCCAGCUUACCUGUCCUGGGUGGAGUGAGGUGGCUCUGUCCGCUGCUAUAACUAAUACUUGUUGAAUGCUUGGUGAUAACACAUGCAGAUUAUAGGUAUUCUGCCAGGCAGUGCACAUGCACUGUAAUUCUCAUUUGCAUGUGUGCUGAAGCAGAAAUGCACCUUGGAGAUGUCACUUUAGACCCAUAUUUUGCUGCCAUGACAAGGGUUAGUAACAGCAGCAGAAGAAUAUGUGAUAUGUGGUGGCUUUGCCAUGAUCUUCUUUUGUCUUUGUGGUGAAGAACAGACAGUCCCAAUUAUUGUGGGAGACUCUAAUGGUCAGCCAGUACAGUGGUAAAAAAAAAAAAAAAACAGAACAAAACAUGACAAAACGUUCCUUCUUGACGAGAACUAACAGACCACGAUUAACAUUAUCAAAAAUAUCACUCCUACCUACAGGAACAGCAUAAGAAAUAUAGUCAGAAAGGGACUAGCAGUCUGCAGUUUUUCACCAUGUUCCCUUGAGCAUGUAAUGUCAUAUAAUUUAUGGAAGCCCUGUUAUUCUUUAUCCUGACAGGAUUUGUUAAUUCAAGCAAUUCUCGGUAUCCUUAAAAGCUUGGCCUGUCCUGAAUAAAUACAUUUCUGUAAUCGGCUCAUUAUUGUUUAGCCUAUCACCCCCGCCCCCCCAAAGUUUGGUCUCAGACCUAACAAUUUUGGCCCCUGUUAGUGUCACUGUCAUGUGCAUUUAAAAAGAAACUGGUUAUAUUUCAGCCGUAACCCACAAAAGUGGGUAUGGGUAUAUCAGGAUUUACCCACAGUUGGUGUGGUUUGAUCAUAAGAGCAAAGUCCCCAAGUGAUUAAACAAAGCCAUCUGUGGGUAAAUCCUGAUACAUCCACACCCACAAGUGAGUUAUUGCUAUUAUACAAUGACAUUAUAACAGCGCUGUAGUGUUCCUCUGCCUUCUUCCUUGUUUACUUAUGUACUGCGCGUGUGUACAUCCCCAUAUUUGCAUAGUACAUCAGUGCAGUGCAGGAGAAGCCAAGGACGAAAGAGAAUCUCCAUUGCUUUUUUUUUUUUUUUCCUGUCGAAAAUUUAUGACGGACAGUGCAGAAACAGAAGGAAAAUUGGGAUGUUUCUGUUUAUUUCUGAGAAUAUACCUGAUUUUUCUUAUGUUUUGUACUGUCUCUCAUCAUAUUCCAGUAUAAAGUCUGUCCAAUCAAUGGUACUUCAGCAGACAGACUUUACUGAUUUGGUAUAUGUUCAUUUUUGAAUACAAACAAGCCAUCAUUGUAUAAUUCAGUGCAUAGAAUGGAUUUGUCUACGGGGGCUUAUACUUCUUUUGUAACUGUUCCAAUUAAUUGUUCUAGAACUCUCUAAAUUUCCUGAAAGUUUCCGUAGCCAGCUUUCAAGGUUAGCUAACAGGUUGGAUCUGAAGCUGGAUCAUGGUCAAAUGCAACUCUAGGCAGGUUAAUGGACUGCCUUCCAACAAUACCAAUAUCCUAGUACUUGGCUGUUUGUCCCCAGUUGCCAUACAACAUUGUGUAAACCCAUCAGUGUUCAUAAUUUGUUCUUAUUUUACAAUGAUUACAGAGAUUUGGAUUUAAAGUUUUAUCUCAAAUUUUUACAGCAAAAACACUGACUGCCAUUUGCUACACAAAACAAAACAUUGUUACAUUGAAAACAGACUUAGUAUAAGCCAGUGCUCGGUCCAUUAAUUUAAUAUGGUCACAUGGGUCAUAGUCAGAGCUUCAGCUCUCUGUGCGAUGUUAGCGUUUGGAGUAAAUUACUGAUAACUGUCAGUUGAUGACAAAUGCAUCCCCAUAACUAUAGUUAUUUGAAAAAUUUUCUCCAAAAACAAACUGGUCAGUUCCUCAGAACCUUUUAUAUGAAUAUUGUAGGUGCAGUUUUUCCUUAAGGUUCAGGCCACAGUCUAUCUUCUACCUCUGAAAAAGUUUUCACAAUCAUUUCAAAUCAUUGUCCUUGUUUCAAUGGAAAAUAUUUAUGCAUAUGUUUUUAAGCAGAGUUAUAACAUUUCGCAAUGAAUUUUGGUGUGAAAAUAUUGGACAUUACUAAUGUAAAACGAUGUAGAUAAAUGGGUAAGCGCAGCAUUGAAACUUUUGAUAAUUUUUUAAUAUUCUCCACCAACUAGCUGUAUACUUGUUCCUUUAUACUAUGUCAUGACUAUGAGAGUUAUCAUUUUUUCAGAAUCAGUAGCUGUUUCUGUUAAUGCCAAAAAGAAAAUGUAGUUUCUCUACAUAAUCACUUUCUAACAGAAAUAUAUUUCAGUCUUUAUUUCACAAUAC